CGUCCUAACCAGCUGUAUUCAAAUGUGCCAAAUGAAGCCAAAAUGCAUAAACUUCUACAUAUUAGCUCUCAGUCUAUUACAAGGGAAAUUACAUGUAUCCGGUUUGGCAUCACCCCCAGCUGCUUAAAAUAAACAAGUUGACAAACGUACUUUACGUGAGGCUGUGGAAACUGGCUGAAGAAGGGACGAGAGUGCGGUUAAAGUGCUGGUUAAUUGCCGCGCAGCUGGGGGAGGGGAACCGGUUUGAUAAAGCGGACUGGGGGGGUUGAACCAGGGACGGCUUCUUUCCAGUAAAGGGGGGCAUCGCUGACUGCACUGUGGGCUCUUCCUGUUAAUCCCAGAUCGGACCAUAUAAACAGGUAUAACGCGGAGAGGACGGUCAAUCAAUCCACGCCGCAAACCUUGGAUUAGGAUAAUACACUCUACUCCAUCAAAAAUGAAGGCAGAUAUCAUCUGGAUUUACAAACUUUUCGUGUGUGUUGUGCUCGCUGUGAAUUCAGAGUGCAGGAAGCAGUUGUUACAGCAGUACCAGAAGAGUGAGGACACCAGGCUGCUGUGUCCAGAUUGCCCCCAGCCCUCCAUGGUCAAGAACAGCCGCUCGCUGGAGCACUGUGCUCGCAAGUGCAGCAAGAACAAGAAAACCUUCACCUGCAGGGCAUUCUACUUUGACCAUCAAAACAGGAAAUGCCACUUGCUUCCCUUUGACCGCUUCAUGGACAGUGCUCACAGGGAACACAGGGUGAACUUUGACCUUUAUGAGAAAAAAGAUUAUGUGAGGGAGUGUAUCAUCGGUUCCGGGGUGAACUACAAAGGCAGGAGGGCGGUAACCAAGGCCAAGAUUCCCUGUCAGUCAUGGACUGAAUCCUUCCCUCACGAACACACGUAAUUUUAUCUAUUUUACCGAAUUUUUAAAUGUUAUUUUUCUGUGGGAUAUGCAGAUUUGUCAGUCUGUGGUAUUUCUAAGGCUUUGUUAGUGUUGGGCCUUGUAGGCUAAAGUGGGAUUGUUGGGUGACAUACUCCGAUGGUUAAUGAGUUGAGCUCCUUCCGUGUAAAACUCUUUGAGACAGAAUGUCUCACACACACAUACACACCUAACACACACC